AUGCCCCUGCCCUCGACAUGUGACUACAAUGGCAGCGCCUGGGAUAUCUUCUUGGUUUCUACCAGACAUCAUGCAAGUGACAAGCUGACGUUCGCUCUGUUCUCCAGGCGAGACCUUGAGAACUCCCAGAAUUACAGCAGAUCUCCAGCCCACCGCUCUACAUGCCCCCUAUGCAUCCUUUUCCCUGCCUACCCACCCAGCACUGGUGUGCCCUUUCCAGCCAGGACUUUGAGUGGCAGGAGGAAUCACAAGCAAGCAGACAGUACGUUGUUCGAGAGCUACACAGAGGGAGAAAUCCGCCAGCUGAUCUCCACGUUAAUCGAACGGUACAGCCAAUCAAUGAAUUCUGGAGGCCACGAGUUGCCACUCUUCACCAAAGCCAGCAACCGGAUGAAGCGGGCGAAGGCCCGCCACAAGCCCUGCUCUCUCAAGGAACUGGAGGUCACGGUCAGUGAGCUGGGCCUGGGCUACACCUCGGACGAGACGGUGCUGUUCCGCUACUGCAGCGGCACCUGCGACUCCGCGGUGCGGAACUAUGACUUGUCUUUGAGAAACGUGCGGAAGAUGAAGAAGAUCAAGAAAGAGAAAGUGCGGGCUCGGCCGUGCUGCCGCCCCCUGGCUUAUGACGACGACAUCUCCUUCUUGGACACGGGGAACCGCUACUACACGGUGAACGAGGUGUCCGCCAAAGAGUGCGGUUGCAUAUGAAGGAAGGCGUGGGAGGAAGGAAGGAAGCCAGAGAGCCGGGUUGCCCGCAAAGCAGCUCCUGGAGGCUGCUGACACAAGCGUGGUUGUCCAAAGGCGAACGAGAAUGGUUGAGGAAUGGAAAGAAAUACCUUCACGUGGGGACAGCUUGUGGGUGAUAAGUCUACCUCAGUCCUGCAGAUGGAAGCACAGGGAAACAGAGAAACUCUGCACCAUCCGCUGGGCCCUGGGGCCUGUUUAUCUGCUUGGAUAUAAAACAAGCUUACGAGCAUUUACAGCAGCACGGUUUCAUGCCGGCAGGAGGAAACCCUCCGGGUCUCCAUCCAAAUGUCUCGCAGUUCUAGCCAAAUGGUUGCCCUUGUUCGGGAUGUCCGUCCCCAGUAUGGUUGCAAAGGCCGGCUUGUUCUAAGCUUUAAAAUACCAAAAGUGCCACAGGGAGAGGCGUGUGCUCUCUUGCCGAGGUUUUAUUGGCCAUCGAUCGACGGGCUGGGGUCUGCGAUGCAAAGAGAUGCUUUGGAGAAUCCGGAGACCUUUAUUUGAAUUAUUCCCUUUUGGCAAUUAGAAUUGAGGCUGGCGUCGUGGGGGCUGAAACUUUGGACCCAGGAGAAAAACUGCCGACCGGUCAAGGACAUGUUCACUCGUGCUGUAUGACAGAGGCCAUGCUAUUGUUUUAAUGUACAUGCGCAGUAUAGCCGUGCUGUGUUUAAAAAUAUACGAGGAAUAUAGACAGCUUUAAGAUAUCAAUGAGUUAUGUACAAAAUGCUGCCAUUCCUUUCCCGGCGUUGCAUCAGCUCCUUCCCAGCUUGGUUCUUUAUCUUUCACAAGGUUCCCCUUUUGUCCCUUAAAUCAAAACGGGGGGGGGGGGGGGAACCUUUGCUCUCAGUGCCAAAGAAAUUUACUGUUGAAAUGUAUACAUGGAUAAAAAUAACGCAGCCACACAGGAACAUAACAUGCUGAACCUAGACUUGUGUCCUAAUUAUGUAUAUAAACCCUGUCAAUUUGCAACCUUAUGGUGACCUUAGCAAGGGGCUUUCCAGGCAAGCAAGAAGCAGAGGUGGUUUACCAUUGCUUUUCCCUGCAGGCGUAGAGCAGCAGUGGCUGUAGGAGGUUAAGAGC